UGCGAUAAUGAUAAAAGAUAUCCUGACCUUGCUUUUGUCAGAUCACAUGUGGAGAAUUUAGUAUAUCACAAGUGGCCAACCGACCCUAAACUUGCCGAAAUAUGGCGAAAACAAGUGGCGAAGACUCGAAGUGAUCCCUUCAAUCCUUCCCUGGUGCUAGUGGGACUUUCGUGUGUUCAAAUCAUUUCCCAUGUGGACGAAGAACUCCUGAAAACCCUAAAACGGAUUUUCCGUCUAUUUUUUAUGACUGUUUCGGAUUACCUGCAGAAAAAAUCACCCAAGAAAAGGAAAGCGAACAAGUUACAAGAAGCUGGUUCUGCAAGAAGCCUGUUCCCUAGCUCCAAGGAGUCAAAGCAGGAUCCUGAGGAGAGUGAUAGUGAUGAUGAAGAAAUGGAAGCAGAUGCAGAUUACCCGUUUCAGUUCCAAUGCAAUUCGAACAGUUGACAAGAGAAAUGGAAGUAAAAGUCUACACAGGUCUGCCAUCACCGAAAGCAUUCGAGUUCUUGUUCGAUUAUUUGAGCCCAAAGGCUCGGUUUAUGCAAUAUUGA